UACACAGAGAAACACACAGCCCCUCUUUCUUUUUGGUUCACUGCAUCAUCCCGAUCGCGCUUGGAUUAUAACUAUGACUCUGGAAGAGAUCCGCGGACAAGACAACACAAUGGAAAACGCAGAUAGGGUGCAAAGUGCAGGCGCAGCCCUGGAAGAGCUGCUCGUCGCUGCUAAGAAGCAGGACUAUCUGACAGUUGGAGUUUAUGAAUCUGCUAAAGUCAUGAAUGUUGACCCAGACAGCGUGGCAUUCUGCGUCCUCGCCACCGAUGAGGAGUACGAGUGUGAUAUUGCUCUUCAGAUCCACUUCACCCUCAUCCAGGCUUUCUGCUUUGACAACGACAUCAACGUGGUGCGCGUAAACGACAUCGAGCGCCUGGCGGACCUCGUGGGUGCAGACGGGACCGGCGAGCCCAAGGACGCGCACUGCAUUCUUGUCACGAGCCCCAGUGCAAACCCAUGGAAAGACCCUGCUCUGGACAAGCUGAGUCUGUUCUGUGAGGAGAGCCGCAGUGUGUACGACUGGGUGCCCACCAUCACACUCCCAGAGCGCUGAAGUGACAUCCCACUAUAAAUGCUUCACAUGAUGAUGAUGAAGAUGAUGAAAAGAAAGUCAAGGAGCUGAGCUUCAGCUGGGGGUGUCAAGCCUCUCUGCCUCACUUUUCUGGAUUAAGAGGCUGUGGCUGUAACUACAACCCCACCACCAUCCCCAACCCCACUGCAAAAGCCAGGCUUCCAUUGCAUUCUGGGUCGGCACGUUGAUUCUGGAUUACCCUGAGGAAGGGGGUUCAAGUUCAGUGGUCAAGUGUGGACUAGGUCAGGUGUAUGUGGAGUGGACGGAAAGCCUGAUGGACACUGAGGAGGAGUUGGACUGUACUGCAUACUGCAUGAAAAGAUGAGAAGUGGUGACCCUGGGACUGCCUUAAGAGAGUAUAGGCACCGGGGGAAGUGGGCAGUGAAGGUCACAGAGAAAGAGACUGUGCAAGAAAUGGACUUAUGGAAGUGUGGAGGCUGCACUGACUCUCAUGAGAGGGGAACUAGGAAGAUGCUGGUUCUGAAGAAGGUCUGAAAAUGUCUAAGUGGACUUAACUUUUAUUUUCCAGCGCAGCUAUCAGGAAGUUCUUGGGAUAAGCAGAGACUUUGCUUGCAAAUCCUGAUUUCAGCUGUGUCUGUACCUGUGACACUUUUUUUUUUCAUGGACUAUUGUUUUUACUUUGAGAUAUGCAGACAAAACAAAUGCAAUAUUCA